UGUUUCGGUCGCUCUGAAAACUCGGCUCUGCAGCUCUGUACACGCUACUACCUCCAUCCCUCUUCAACCCCCCGGGCCAACGUUUUCGUUGAAAUUCGUUUUUUUCUUUUGUUUUUCCUUCCUCCUACGUGAAAAAUAAAAUAUUUAGUUAAACUCGUACAGCCUUUUGGUGUUGUAUCUGUGGUACCGAUAGUUAUUGUGUGUCCAGUGAAUUUCCCAGUGAAACAAUUUUAUCUUUCAAAUUAAGGAAGGUGAUCCCUCACAAUAACUAUCGUUAUCGAAAAAAACACACACAGACUUUAAACUUUUGAAUUUAAAAAAAAGAGAUAGGAAAUCAUGGCUAGUAAAGAUACGAGACAGACCGGCGAGAGUAAACAAGAUGCCAAAAGAGCAGAUCCAGAAGCAACCAGCCCGGAAUGCGAUGGAGAAGACAUCUGUGAGAUACACGAUAUUCCGAUUCCGCCGGACGGUGGAUGGGGAUGGGUGAUUGUCAUGUCUUCCUUCCUCUGCAAUCUCAUCGUCGACGGAAUUGCCUACACUUUCGGCGUCUUCCUCCCGAAAUUCGUCAUCUACUUCAACGAAGGCAAAGGAACUGUGGCCUGGGUCGGCUCGCUCCUGGCCGGCGUCUACCUGAGCUGCGGGCCCAUCGUCGGGGCCCUCACCAACAAAUUCGGCUGCCGGACAACUUGUAUUAUGGGCAGCGUCAUCGGCAUGGCCGCUUUCGCCCUGUCUACCUUGUCCAAUUCGGUGGCCAUGCUCAUGGUCACCUACGGCAUCGUCGGCGGAAUCGGAUUCGGACUCAUCUACCUGCCGGCCAUCGUCUCCGUCGGCUAUUACUUUGAAAAGAAACGAGCCCUGGCCACGGGCAUCGCCGUCUGUGGAUCUGGUUUCGGUACCUUCGUCUUCGCACCGCUGGCGGCCAUGCUGCUGGAACACUACGACUGGAAAGGAGCAAAUCUCAUCCUGGCCGGCAUCAUCUUCAACUGCGCCGUUUUCGGUUCCUUGAUGAGGCCCCUCGAGGCGCCUAAGAAAAAGUGCAAACCUUUACUGCAGCGGAUGGCGGAGGAUAAAGCCGCCCAGCUGGAGCGCGGCUCUCUCAUGGGCUCCCAAUAUUUCACAGUCCAGUUGCCAGACGGUUCCUACGAAAAGAGGCUCAAAGUGCCUGUCAACGUCGAUCCCGGAGUGCACUCGAGUUUCGAUCUGGAUGAGCUGUCAGGAGCUCACGCUGCCGCCCGCAUGCCGACCAUCAGCGAAGCUAAAGGCGAUCCUUCCAACGGCGAUGCCGCCCAGUCCCAGGAGAAAAAGGAAGACAAACAAAUGAAAAAUUCCCAACUGAAAGAUAAUUUAGAAGACGACACCAAAGAAAGUGACAAACUCCUUGAAGACGGCAAAGCUGCGGCCGCAUUAAGGGGAAGCCGUACCAGCGUCUCGAAUGGCGAAGCGAGCAACAUGAAGCGCCGUUCGGCUGGCGCCAGUGGCAGUAAAGAUGAUGUGAGCAGCUUAUCGGCUUCCAAGAAGGAUUUGGCCCGCCCGCUGGCCCGUAAAGAUGUCUUCUACACGGGCAGCGUCACCAAUCUGCCAGAAUAUCAGAGCCAGAAAUCACUGGGCUCCUACCGCCAAAGUAUUGUAUCGAUCCCCAAAGCCGUUCAGUCUGGCAAAGCCGGAAAGAAAUCCGGCGGCGGCGGCUGCUGCCGUUGCAUACCGGAAUCGGCGCGUAAAGAAAUUUCCGGCCUUAUGGAUUUCUCCUUGAUGAAAGAUCCCGUCUUCCUCUUCCUCGGCGUCUCCAACGUCUUCGGCAUGUUGGGAUUCUACGUCCCGUUCGUCUACAUCAUCGACGCCGCCACCACCAAAGGUAUCGACGAAGAAACGGCCGCCUUUCUCCUCUCGAUUAUUGGCAUCACCAACACUGUGGGCCGUCUCAUUUCCGGCUACAUCUCCGACUUCCCGGCCGUCGAUUCCCUCUUCGUCACCAACGUUUGUAUCGCCGUGAGUGGAGUGGCCGUUUUCUGUGUGCCAUUCUGCUACGAUUACGUCGGAUUCUGCAUCGCCUCUGGCUGUUUUGGCCUCUUUUCCUCGGCUUUCAUUGCACUUACUUCCAUCGUCCUGGUCGAUUUGCUGGGCAUUGCACAACUCACCAACGCGUUCGGACUUUUGUGUUUGCUGAGAGGCGUCGCCGCCAUUGUCGGACCUCCGCUUGCUGGUUCCGUCUUUGAUAUGACGCAGAGUUACGACGUUCCCUUCUGGUUGGCCGGCAUUUUCCUCUUCAUUUCGUCGGCCAUUUCCUUUAUGGUGCCAUUGGUCCGGCGCUGGGUCAAGCGCAAGGAAGACGCCGAACUUGCUAAAUCAGCAGGUGAAAUGAAACAACUUAAAUCCAGUGAAGGUUCACCACGGGCCGUUCAAACAUAGGCGAUCGAUACAUCCAUCGGUCUAAAUAUUUCAAAUUGGUUUUUUUUUUGUUUUUUGUUUAUUAUUUUUUUGUUUUUAGGUUAAAGUUAAUAUCAGAUUAUAUUAGUCAAUUCUGAACAUGAAAUUCGGAUGAUUUUUAGAUUUCUAUAAAAAAAAAGGCAAAGCUGAAAAUUGACGUAUCAUCCGUCGUCGUGUGGAUCCCUUUAUGUCUAAAGGCUACUCGAUUUUUCUUUUUUCAUUCACAGAAAAAACUUUUGAUAUGAUUCAUUAAAAAAAAAAUAAGACAACACAACCCCAUCAUUUGCAUUUGAUUACCACGUGACGAAUUUAAACCGAACCGACAGGAAACGCCAAAUAAGUGCAGUGCUAGUUGAAACCGGUCUGCGACUUCUUCCUGUACGCAUCUAUUAUCAUCUUGAAAAAAACAAAACAAAAAACAAAUGAAUGACUAAAUAAUUGACUGUUAUGGUUCGCAAUUUCCUCUCUCUCUUCCCCUCUACCAGUCGGCGUGCGACGGUCGUCUAUAAUAUCGCCUCCUUUCUCCGUAUCCUGUUUCAUCCUCUACUAUAAAAUAUGCUGUCAUUGGUCAAUCAAUCCGCAUCAUAUUCAUUUGGAUGUUCUUAUUUAGUGAUCUAUUCUUUUUAUUUUUCAAUCAGCAGCGCAAAAAAUCAUUUGCGAAAUUUUAUUGUUGGCUGUCAUUGUUGGUAGUCGAAGAGAAAAGAUGGAUGUUCCUUCCUGUUUUUGUUUUUUCGCCCGCAAUCAGAGAAAGUGUUGAUGUCAUAUUGUUUCGUCGAAGCGAAAGGGGGAAAAAAGAAAAAAAACGAAAACAAUAUAUUCAUUUCAUUGUCGA